GUAGACUUUGGACCCGGAAAUCGGAAGCUGCUAUUUCUUCUUAUGCCCUUUACGUCGCCAAGUGCCUGAUGUCAUCGCUUCCCGUCCUGUCACAAUAUUCCCAGCCUCGGCAUUCCGACUUGUCAAAGAAGGUCAUGGGCAAUUAUGCGGUGUCUCAGGAACCUAUUAAGUGUUGAUAGUAUUUUGUAUAAUAUCUCUUGUUAGAACCAUUUUUGAACCAAUUACUACAUGCCACCAUUCAAACAUUUUGGUCGAAUCUCGUGCUGCCGCCUCGAGUCCUGACCGCGUGACGACCAAUAUUGGGGGGUCACGACCUUAUGUACCUGCCUACUUACCAGGUACCAACUACCUAGACUUGCCGAAUCCCUUCUACAUACAUACAUACAUAAUACCUAUACCUACACCAUUUACUAUAUUGUAUACAAGUUGUAUACAUAGGUAAUUUAUAACUUCUCUUUGACGUGCUUAACUAAGUCAGCAGCAUACUUGCGCAAAUCCAUCGAAAAUUGUCGAAAAUAAUAACCACUACCUCCUCCCCCCAUUCUUGGACUCUCUCUCCUCCACUAUAGUCAACAAACUCCCACUUCCAUCGUCCGAUUUUAUAUUAUUCGAAACUAGUUGCGGAUCGCGGAAGCGGUUCCAUUCAAUCGAAUGACCUCGUCACUGUUGAGCUCCACGUCCGCGGACCCCGAAUCUUCCUCAAGCCGCCAAUAUGAUUCAUCCCUGAAACCCGAUAAUUAUGCUGACCCAGCCUGGUCAGAAAGUACGAUACGAGUCAACACUGGAGAAGCUCCAGAGUCAGAUAGGCUCAAUGAACACUCUCCUCUUCUCUCUCCCAGCAGGGCUGGGGGUGAUUCUUUUGACCGAGAACACGCGCAACAAACCGAACAAGAUCAAUUUCAACAAACCAAAAGCAUAUGGUACCUUUUACUCUUGACCAUCAGUAUUGGAGGAUUGCAAGUUGCCUGGGCCGUGGAACUUUCCAAUGGCACGCCCUACCUACUGUCACUCGGCCUCAGCAAGUCGUUUAUGGCUUUGGUGUGGGUUGCUGGUCCCAUCACCGGCACCCUAGUUCAGCCGUACAUCGGCAUGCUUAGUGAUAAUUGCAGGUUGCCUUGGGGGAAACGCAAACCAUUCAUGAUUGGAGGUGCUAUUUCUACCGUGUUGUCCCUAAUGUUUCUCGCCUGGAUUCGAGAAAUCGUCGGGGGCAUACUAGCAUUAUUUGGAGCAGAUCCCGAAUCUCAUGGAGUAAAGGUGACGAUCAUUGUUACGGCUGUCAUCUGGAUCUAUGUCCUUGAUGUUGCCGUUAACACGGUUCAGGCAUCCAUUCGAGCUUUUAUUGUUGACUGUGCGCCAUCUCAUCAACAAGAAGCUGCCAACUCAAUGGCUAGCAGGCUAGUUGGUGUUGGCAACAUUAUUGGAUACAUCGCCGGUGGUAUUAAUCUACCGAGAUACUUCUGGUGGUUCGGAAGCUCUCAGUUUAAGGAUCUCUGCGCCAUCGCGAGCAUUGCGCUCCUCUCCACAAUCUUUUUGAGUACGACCUUAAUUCGUGAACGAAACCCUCGACUCGAAGGACGUCCUGCCGAGAAAGUUGGCUUAGUUUCCUUCUUUGUCAGGAUUUUUGCCUCUAUUAAGAAGCUUCCUCCCCAGGUUUCCAAAGUUUGUGGCGUCCAGAUAGCGGCAUGGAUCGGCUUCUUUCCAAUGCUUUUCUACACAUCAUCCUACAUCGGGGAGAUCUACGUCGAGCCCUUUUUGGAAGAGAACCCUCACAUGACUCCAGAAGAGCUGGACGAGCUUUACGAGAGGGCUACCCGGGUUGGUACUUUCGCCUUAUUAAUUUUCGCCAUUACCAGCUUAGCAACCAAUGUACUACUCCCUUUCUUCAUCGACCCAACUUAUGAUAACAAUCCCGUUGUCGGCAGCAAGGCCCCUGGCGAAGCACCUGGAGUCCUCGGGGGGUCGUUAUCCGAUGGUAAAAGUUUUCUGGCUCGCUUGGUCAUUCCUGGGUUCACACUGCGGAGAGCUUGGCUAUUAUCCGAAAUUCUGUUCGCCGGAGCCAUGUUUUGUACAGUGCUUGUCCGAAGCGUUGAAGCAGCAACUUUCCUCAUCGGCCUCAUCGGUAUCACGUGGGCUUUGGCACUUUGGGCGCCGUGGGCUAUCAUUAGUGCGGAAAUAAGUCGCCGUGACAUUCUUUACCGAGCCCGGAAGCAGCAGAUGCGGUCGCUCGCACAAGGUGAACAACUGGAUAUCGAUAGUCCUACUGACGGGCUUCUCGAUCAAGAGUCCCGCUUGCAAGCUGAUGAGGAUGAGCCAGAUCAAGCCGGUGUCAUUCUCGGAAUUCACAAUAUGGCUAUUGCAUCGCCACAAUUUAUCGCUACCCUUGGUUCCAGUGUCAUCUUCCGCUUCUUCCAAAAGCCCAGAGGUGUCCCUGGCGAUCAUAGUAUGGCUAUCGUCUUAGCCUGUGGUGGCUUCUUCGCGCUCAUAGCCGCCUAUCUUAUCCACAGAAUCAACGAUGACAUGUCAUUACCAGAGGCCGCACUCUUCGCCGCGGAACAGGGUGACCCAGAGGAGUCUCGGCCGAGCACAUCACAUAGUAAGAAAAGUUUUGACCAACCGAGAGCUAGCUUAGAUCGAGCAAAUGGGGCUAGAAGCAGCAGUUUCGGCGCCGGAUUAGAAUACUGAGGAUCCUUUAGGUGGCUUAUGUCCACAAAUUACCAUAGACAAUACCCAUCGACCAGUUCGUUCAGAUUAUGAUAUACCCCCCUGUUAUUCAUCGUCCAUUCAACACCUUGUAACUCAUAGGAAGCAAUGUACGGUAUUUUUCAUCAGUUUUUGGGUUUUCGGUUCGUUUCUGAGGGUUCGGGAUGAUCUAGAUUCAGAUUGCCUACAUCAGGACUAACAAAUGUUGUUUAUGUGUGGAAUGAUAUAUGUAUCUGUGAUUUAGCGCACGAGGUUAUUUUUAAUAUAUUAAUAUACCUGUGUAUCUGUA